AUGGCGCUCGACGGGAAGCCACCGGUGCCGCCGCCGUCCACGCCGCCGAUGGACUCGUGGGCCUGUGCGGGGCGCCGCUCCAAGCGCCGCGCCGGCGGUUGCAGCAGCGGCAGCGGCAGCGUGAGCAGUGGCUGCUCGUCGGGUGGCGGUGAGUCCGAGGAGGAGUACCUCGCGGCCUGCCUGCUGAUGCUCGCGCGCGGCGUCCGGGACGAGCCGGAGGUCGUCGGCGGCCUGGGCGGCGUGAAGAAGGGCGCGGGUGUCGUUGCUGCCGCCGUGGCGGUGAAGCCGAGCCAGCGUGGGUGCUACGAGUGCUCGGUGUGCGGCAAGGUGUACGAGUCCUACCAGGCGCUGGGCGGGCACAAGACGAGCCACCGCAAGCCGCCACCGGCGCCGGCAGAAGCGGCGGUCGGCGGCGACGGGCCGUCGUCCGGCGUGACCGGGGAGGCGAAGGUGCACCGGUGCUCCAUCUGCCACCGCACGUUCCCGUCCGGGCAGGCGCUGGGCGGGCACAAGCGGCUGCACUACGAGGGCGGCGCCGCGGGAGACGCCGUAAAGACCAAGGCAGCGGCGGCGGCGGCGGCAGUGACCGCGGUGCUGAAAGACUUCGACCUGAACCUGCCGGCUGCAGCGACGCCGGCGGGGGACGAGGCCGAGAGCUCACCGCCGGAGGCCAAGAGAGCGCGGAUGCUGCUGCUCGCGUAAUCAACCCGCGGCGGCGUGUGGUUUUGAUGGUUUAGGUGUUUAGCCGUUCCGGUUUAGGUUCAGAUUGAUACUUGGGUUGUUAAUUUGAUUGAUUGGUUUAUUUUUAGUUCACUUCUGGUUUGGGCGAUGAUGGAGACGGUUGGCAUGACAAACAUGCCGUGUUUAGACGGUUCACUGUAAUUCUAGUGAUCGAGCUGGAAAUUGUCCUGGCUCCACUUCGUCUCUUACCAUGCAUAUGUAUCAGUACAUAAUUUGCGACUUUGUCAAUUGGAUUAUACUUCUCACG